AUGGGUGAUCGGUGCCGAGUGAAGAUGGACCGGACAAUGACUACGGAUCCCCCGUCAGGUGUGACGGUGAGUCGCGUCGGGGAGCUGGAGGACCAGCUGAGCGUCCGCUGGGAGGCCCCGCCGGCCCUCAAAGACUUCCUCUUCCAGGCCAAGUACCAGAUCCGCUACAGGCUGGAGGACAGCCAGGACUGGAAGGUGAUGGAUGAUGUGGGCAACCAGACAUCUUGUCGACUGGCUGGACUGAGACCAGGGACUGUGUAUUUUGUUCAGGUCCGCUGCAACCCCGUAGGCAUCUACGGCUCCCGCAAAGCAGGCAUCUGGAGCGAGUGGAGCCACCCCACCGCUGCAUCGACCCCCCUCAGUGAACGACUGAUGUCAGGCUCCUGUGACUCAAAGUCGAGCGGAGACUCCAACUCCCUGCGGAGGGAGCUGAAGCAGUUCUUCAGCUGGGUACGGAAGCAUGCCUACGGCUGCAGCGGCAUGUCGAUGAAGCUGUACGACCAGUGGAGAGUGUUGAUGCAGAAAUCCCACAAAGCUCGCAACCAGGUACUCCAAGGGGAUAAGUUAUAGCACCUGCUACACCCAGGCCUCCGAGUCAAGACAGCCUGUCAAGACAACAUGAGUGUGAUUUGUAUGUUUGCCUGUGUGUGUGCGCGUGGGCUGUGUGUGUACAAUAAAUAGAGAGAGUGAGAGAGAG